CCGCUCCACGCGUCUUCUAUUGUCAGAGCUUAGCAUACACAUAUCCCCCUUUCAAACACUCGCAAAAUUUUUCUCAAUUUCAUCAUUUAUAAUUUUACAGAUUCGCGUAUACAUACGAACCGGAAAUUCUGUCAAAAUUUGCAGUCUACAUCUACAGAAGCGAAGGAAGGCGCAAGGUUACAGAGAAACGGGCUUCCGAUUAAAAUUCCGGUUCUCACACGAGUUGAUGCUUCUUAACAACAGUGGUGGAGCAGGAAUUAUUUGGUUGAGAGUUCAAUCUCUUCAAUUCUACAAGUGGCUCAGUCUUCAGAAAUACUUGGCAGAGAUUAGCUACUUGGUCGAUGAUGGCUCUUCUUGGAUUGAAAAGACGUUCAAACGAUUUCACCACUAAUGACAGAAAGCGGAAUUGCAAUAGAGUUAAUGAACCACAGGACAUUGAGAGAGAAGGAAUGGUUGGUGAAAUUACUUUUGAGAUUCUCAAACUGCCUUUCGAAAUAAUAUGCAACAUACUGUCAAGACUUCCUCUCAAGACUAUAAUCUGCUGCAGAAGUGUUUGCAAGAAGUUCCUUAAAAUCCUCAAAGAUCCUUACUUUGCUAAUGUACAUCUUGCCAGAGCUCCUUCCACCACAGCCAGUCUGAUUCUUCAAAGUUAUGGUGGAAAUAAGGGAUUUUACUUCUACACAAUUGACCUUGAUGAAACCUCUCAUGCCAUUUCAGACAGCACAGGUCCACACAAAUUUCCUUCACCUUGUCGUUCUCAUCAUGAAUUAACUAAGCAGAAUGCCGAAUUCUGCUUCCAGAGCAGGCAUGUUACUUUUGUCGGUUCUUGUAAUGGACUGCUUUGCUUAUAUUCUUCAUUACCUAAACCUUUCUACUAUGUCUGCAAUCCUAUUCUUGGUGAAUCUGUUGUUCUUCCUCCUCCAACUCCAUUGGCACCAGAUUCUACGUACUACUUGUCUGGUUUUGGAUUCUGUCCAAAGACUAAACAGUACAAAGUUGUUCGAUUCCUGUGUUCGGUAUCUGUUAACCAUGUCACAAACAGUGUUUCAAAAGAAAUGGCAGCUGAGAUUUACACACUUGGGUCAGAUUCCUGGAGGAGGAUAGGGAAAGCUCCCUGCCCUAAGAGAGGGGGAUCAUUUGAUCCUUUUGUCAAUGGUUCUCUGCACUGGAUCAUUGAAACUACUAAAACUUCUGAGCAAAUAUGUUCAUUUGACUUGAACACUGAGCAAUUCAGAACUCUACCCUCGCCUCUUCACUUCGAUGCAAACUAUAUCAAAAAAGUUUCCUGGAUAAAUAUUGGUACCCUUGGAGGGCAUUUGUGUUUGUGCUAUAUUUAUGAUGAUGCUUGCUUGGAGGUUUGGGUGAUGAAAGAUUAUGGAGUGAAGGAGUCCUGGAGUAGAGAAUUCAGCAUAGACAUAAAGUUCUAUUGUGGGCUGAAAGUGGAAAAUUUGCGGCAACCAGUUAAAUUCCUGAACAACGGUGAUCUGUGGCUUAUGUGCAGUUCUAAUUCUCUGGCUUCUUAUAAUCCAAGGAAGGGAACUUUCAGAGACUUCAAAGCCCUGGCAAAGUGGAAGUCUGAAGUUAUUGCUCUUGUUCCCAGCUUUGUAUCACUGAAUGAUGCCAUGUCAAGCAAAAAUCUGAGAGUGGAAAGUUUAAGUCGAAGAAUACCAAAAAUUUAUUGUUGAAAUCUAGCGUGCUUGCUUGGUUGCUGCCUGCAUAGAGGAGGUUAGUAGAGGCUUGUAUAGCUAAACUGCUUGGGCAACAGAAGUAUGUAUUCUCUUACCAUAUAUGUUUUUAUUUAUUAUUAUACUCUCUCAAUGAGGUUCCGAGGAUUUAUACUAUAUAGACAGAGCUCGGAUUUUCAACAUAAAACAGUAAAGAGGGUGCAGAAAUAAUGAUCUCCCAUGUGUGUAUCCUGCAGACACAUGUUCCUUUCAAUGAGAUGAUGGUUGAUGAGCUCUGUCAGACAUGUUUGAAGGCAUGGCUUUAUUUUAGUCUUGA